AGUGCUGCGCAGAAAGAUGCGCAGAUGCCGCUUUUUCAAUCGAAUGAUGGAGGUGAAUGUUUUGAUGGAGUCUAGGGACUAAAAAAAGCUCCGCUUUUAUGGCGUGAAACACAGCUGCUGCUUCAGCCGAUGUUGUAUUAUGUCCGAUAACAGGUCUGAGGCGAAUUAUAUUCGACCAAGCCAGUGAGGGUCAGUCAGCUAACAUCGUUUGCUGCGGCGGCCUAGCUAACAUUAGCUAGCAGCGUGAAGUUGUGAUAGUCCUCUCAUUUAAUGAGCUCACCGUGAGGCCCUAUUUUAACCUGUGGGGGGUUUUCAUGACACUACUGCUAACAGGGAGUCAUUUCAUUAUCUGUGUGGGUGUACUGAUCCAAGAUUACCCUACCUUCAAUUGAAGUCGGCUCCUCGGAAAGCGCGGUUUCUUGAGACCUAGUCAAGGGGAAGCGGUUAUCCAUGUCCACGAGUUACUGUCGGUUAACAAUAGUUGAAAACAUCAGCAAACAUGUCUUUAGUCGCCUAUGGUAGCAGCGAUGAUAGUGACUCAGAGGAAACCUCGACCUCUGCCGCAGCGCAGAGAAGAGUCAGCGCCGGAGGGCUCUUCUCAGUCCUGCCUGCUCCCAAAAAGCCAGCAUCGGCAGGAGGAAACUAUGGACCAAGCAAGGAGACAAAAGCGAACCCUUCAGCAGGGGACAGCACGUCAAACGAUGACCUAGAUUCUCAGCCAUCUAAAGGAAGCUUAUUUUCUAGCCUGCCUAAGCCGAGGAAGCGAUCAGAACCUGUCAGGAUCUCUGUACCACAAAUCCAGAGACGGGAUUCGGACUCAGAUGAUGAUGAACCAGCACAGAAGAAACAGUCUCAGGGUGCAGGUUCAGGCCUCUCCUCCCUUCUCCCAAAACCCAAAAACAUGACAGUGAAGGAGCUCGACAGACCCCUGAUUCCUCACACACUCACCAAGCGCCAAGAACCCAAAGGACCCAAGCCCGGGACGCCUGCUCAGGGUCUGCUUGGUUCUAGUGCAUCACCUUCUGCCAUCAAAGCUGCAGCAAAGUCAGCUGCCCUGCAGCUGGCUCGACAAAUAGCCACCGACGACCAGGAUAACGAGGAAGACAUAACCCCCCAGAACUACUUUUCCCUGGGCGAGAGCUCUCAGCCUCUGCCCGAAAUCCUCCCUAGCGUAGACCCCGAGCCAGGAGCCCCUGCAGAGCUUCUUCCCUUUUCACCUGCAGAUGAGCCUGGGCAGUCCGACGCCCCCCUCGACUUUGGGGGGAACCAUGAGGGAGCUGGUGCAUGGGGAGGUCAAUGUCCUCAGUAUGAACAGCCGAUGGCAGGACCAGAAGCUCUCCCUCCGGGAUAUUAUAAUGAGCCAUACUUCCAGGAUCCUAAUUCCAGCCUGGCAGAGACUGAAGAGCCUGGCCAGUCUACAAUGUUUGAUGAUGAGGCGUUCAUGCGACUGCAAGGGAAACGGAACAGGGGCAAAGAGGAGGUGAAGUUUCUGGAGAUCAAGGGGGACGACCAGCUGAGCGGCAACCAGCAGUGGAUGACCAAAAGCAUGACAGAAGAGAAGCAGACGCGUCAGUCCUUCAGCAAGAAAAAAGGAGAGCAACCUACUGGACAGCAGCGACGCAAGCAUCAGAUAACAUAUCUCAUUCACCAGGCAAAGGAACGCGAGUUGGAGCUAAAGAACAACUGGGCAGAAAACAAGCUAACCCGCCGGCAGACCCAGGCCAAAUAUGGUUUCUAAAUGUCAUACUGUGGACUUUUGGAGGCAUGUGGAGACCCUGCAGCAGCAAGUAGACUAGAGCUCUCCAGACUUCCCCACACAAACGGAAAACCUGUGUUUGGGAAGAAACUAUAUGCACCGUAAUACAGAUUUUUCCCUCCUGCCCUCCUUCCUGUAUUUGUGUUGAAUUGUUAUUCUUCAGUAGUUCCUUUGGUCGACUAUUUUUAUAAGGUGUCACUGUACUGAAAACCCAGUCACAGUAAAUAGAAGCGCUUUACCUUCAUUACAGUGUAACAGUGUGGCAAGUUAAGCAUAAAUGUUUUCUUUUUCAACAUGUUUGCCUCCUGUUCAGUGAACACUCAUAUAUGACUCAUUCUUAUCUGCGAACGGUGUUUGGUUCUCUGGCAAUCAUACGUUGACUGGAGUCAUUAGAAAGCUGUGGCAGUGAAUCAACAACUUUGUAACAAAGAAAUAAAGGUGAUGUUGUUGGACAUGUGCUGCAGUCGCUCCUAACGGCUCAAAUGAUUUGUCCAUCGCCAUGUUGCUAUUAUUCUAACCCCAGUUUUUCUUUUAUUUUUCUUGCAUUGAAAGCUAAGUUUUGAAAAAGCACGCUCUCACGAUUUGCCAGAGAACCAAACACAUAUCUGUUUCAACUGGAUCUUUAGCUGCUAUAAGGCCAGAGAGCCUCCUAAAUUCAACAUGAACCAAGAAGUUUACCUCGGUUUUGCCUGGCCGCAUCCAGCAUGCAUGCUUAAGAUUCACUUCUCUCCAUUGUCCCAUUGAUAUUUGUUUUUUUUUUUAAAUAUCUUGAUUGAUAACAAGGAAAGACAUUUAGUAUCUUAAAUAUACCAUAACCGUUGAAUGCAUUCAUGUGAAGUUUGUUUUAUUUAAGUUGGUUAAGUGGAGGGUGUGACUUUAAUUCUUUAGGAAAUCCUGCCAUCAAAGUAAACAAGGAUUAGUAAUGCUGCCAAUCUCUCCAGUUUUGGAGAAUAUUGCAGAUAGAGUGCUCUCUUUUAUAAAAGCUGUUAAGAUCGAUCUUGCAUCAGUCUUUCCCAUCCUGCAACAAAGCAGUGGGUGGUCCACGCUCUGAAAUCUUUUUUGUUUUCCCAAGAAGGAAGUGAAGCAUAAAUGUGAGCUCAUGAGCCAGGUAGCUUUGACAUUUCAACAUGAGAUUUUACGUUAAACUUCAUUUAUAAACUAUUUGAAGGUGUGGUGGCGACUCUGUGGUCGUCCACCAUUACCGCACCAACACAUGCACAACCUGAUCUGCCUCAAAACUUCAUCUGAUAUUUGGCAGAAACACACUAGCAGUCCAGGGAUAUUGAUUGCCUCCCAUACUUCAUGAUUAGGGUACAUACCAAAGACUGGAACAAGCAGUCGACAGAAUGAAUGCAUAUCCUCACUCACAUCUUAAUGACAGGAAUAUAAAUUAUAGAGCUUAAACUGAAUGCUUCUUUUUUCUUUAUCAUCAUGUGUACAGUGCAAAGUCUGUCUAGGUGAAUGAAAAUGAAAGUUUCUUUGAAAUAAAUCAGAUUUUCAUAUUACUCCUGAGAUAAACAAACAGAGCUGUAUCAGGCACUCAAGAUUCACUAAAGAACUUGUUUGAUGACAUUUGCUGGGGAAAAAAAAGAUUUUGUUUACCCAGUACUUUUGUUAUGCGUGUUGUACAAUUAAAAUUAAUGAAUAAAUCUUUUCCUAUCCUGGCUCCAUA